GCCAAUCACCGCCCAGCUUUCCCUGUGCGGUUGCGCUCGUGUCCACAGUGUGUGUGUGUGUGUGUGUGUUUUUUUCCGUCUCAAGUGUGGAAGCUGUCCACUACUCGGUCCAAAGUUCCACUGGAAGCGGCCCGGCAGACGUUGUGUAAUUGUGUGCUUUCGAAAUUGCAACACGUUGUGGACAUUACGACCGAAACACGUCCGAAAAACGAGAAAGAGAGAAAAAAAACUACGCGUCUAUGAGGCCAGAGGAGCGGCACGCUUCAGGCUUUUGGAUCAAGGUUCUUGUGUGUGUGUGUGUGUGUGUUUUUUUUUUCUCUCUUCGCAUUUCGACAGUUUCGCGGAUACUGGUAGGAACCAUGGGGAAGACAUGUUGUUGGUCUGGGGGCUUGGUGGGCCUGGGUCCAUCUCUCCUACAACAAAGCAAAGAAGCUUCAGAGGAGUGAGGAAUCGUCUUCUUCGGUUUCCCUUCUAGCUGUUUCUCCUGGACCAAUCAUCAGCCUGAUAAUCAGUUUGCAUCUACCUGAACUUAAUUGACAUUUUACAUGUGGUAGCAGUCACAUCUGAUUCCGAGCACCAGCUUUCAGCUGCUUCUGAACUGGAUUGGAUGUCCUCCUGACUGCCAAACACCCAGCCAUCAUGAGAAGUUCCAGAAUGAACCUGCUGCUAGGCUGCGUGCUCCUCUGCUCCGCCUCCCUGCUCUACUUGGGGAUGAGCGGGAUCGACUGUCCUCCGAAAAGCCAUCGCUACCGAUGGAUGGAGCUCAACCUGGGCUCAGGCAAUCAGAGCAUGUCCCUGACUGAACAUUUUCCCGAAGACACGCCGAUCAUCUUCAUCGGGGGCUUUCCCCGGAGCGGCACCACGCUGAUGCGCGUCAUGCUGGACGCCCACAAUGCUGUGCGCUGCGGAGAGGAGACUCGAGUUAUUCCUCGCCUCCUGGCCAUGAGGGCUACGUGGAGCCGCUCGGUUAAGGAGAGACUACGCCUGGACGAGGCUGGUGUCACUGACCAGGUUUUGGACUCAGCCGUGAGAGCAUUCCUGUUAGAGGUGAUUGUUGGCCAUGGUGAACCUGCCCCACGUCUCUGCAAUAAAGACCCAUUUGCACUGAAGUCUCUGUCUUAUUUGGCACGCAUCUUCCCAAAAGCCAAAUUUGUCCUGAUGCUACGCGAUGGACGUGCAACUGUGCACUCCAUGAUAUCGCGCAAGGUGACCAUCUCAGGCUUUGACCUGGCCAGCUACAGGGACUGUCUGACCAAGUGGAGCAGUGCAGUGGACACCAUGUUCAGCCAGUGCCAGUCGGUGGGGGAUACCAGAUGUUUGCCCGUCCACUACGAGCAACUUGUUCUCCACCCGGAGCAGGAAAUGAAGAAGUUGCUUAAUUUUCUCGAGCUGAAGUGGGACCCAGCAGUGUUGCACCAUGAAGAGCUGAUUGGAAAGGCUGGCGGAGUGUCCCUGUCCAAGGUCGAGCGUUCCACAGACCAGGUCAUGAAGCCAGUGAACACUGAAGCCCUCUCCAAGUGGGUGGGACACAUCCCCUCUGAUGUGGUCAGCGACAUGGCUGAAAUAGCCCCCAUGCUGGCUCGCCUUGGCUAUGACCCCAAUGCCAACCCUCCCGACUACACUAAACCAGAGCCCAUGGUGUCUCCACAAAACUACUCACAGAGGGUGAGAGCAGCAGACACUCCUCACCCCAGUUAAACUGCUGUCCCGCUCACCACACGGACACAUCCUCAUCACCGGCUUCCAGCUCAGCAGUAACUACCCCUCACAGGAGAGAGACUAAAGCAGAACAUGUGUAUUUUAGAAAUGUUCACAAGACUUUUGUGCGGUUUCCAUGCGUGUAUACUAGUGGAGUGUUUAAAGACUCAUAAGGUGGUUCGAUGUUUACAUCUCUGACAGCUCUUAUAUCCAGAGCCGACUAUCUGCUCUGGAAAGUUAGCGUCAUCUCUGGUUUCUUCAUCUCCUCCAAGGAGAGCAGAAAUACACUGCAUUUUGACACAUCCUGGCACCUCCUACCUGAAAGUAUUUCAUCAUGUUUGUAACUUCUUCAUAACCUCAUCACAAUGUGAAUGUGUCUUGAGACCAGUUUUUCUCACUGAGAGUUCAGUUUUCACCAGACAUGAUGACUGUAUAGUUUUUUAAGAUGUAUGUUUAUUUUCUUAAUAAAUUAUUUUGGUGUUGACCAUCAUUAA